CGACUUAGGUUUAGUAGAGAAAAAGAAAAGGGUUUCGAGGAAAAAACGCAGAUGAGAGCGAUGAUAUAUGUUCUGAUUUAGCUCCAAUAUUCAAUCUUCUCCAACUCCAGCUUCAAUUCAAGCUUUGUUCGUCAAAUAUACUAAAUUAUUAACCUUCAUCUCAAUUUCCCAUUGAACUUAGGGUUUUCCCAUUGAGUAAUUUAAACAACAAAAAUUGAGCUGAGAAAAAAUGGAUUGAAGAACUGAAAUGCUUCAAAUACACAAGUAUGUAUGAACACCAGAUUUCUAAGGGUUGGAUUGGUGUUUGAAUCAACAGUAUCAAAUUGGGGAUUUUUCUUCUCCAGGUUUAAUUGAUGAAACAAAUGGAAACUACUGGAACUUGCUCUGUUAAUCAGAGACAAAACAUGACUGCAGAGUAGCUGGCCAUUCAACGAGCAAUGAACCGUGAUCGACAAAGAAUCUGUAGGAAAAACUUGACGGAGGAGCAGAGGUCUACUGUAACCGAGCAGAGUUCAAGGGGCAGGCGCAUCGCGCGUGCGUGUUAUACUAGUUGAACAUUAUACUCUUUAUUAUCUAUUGAGAUUGGCAGUUUGGGGGAAUGGGACAAGGUGUAUCCUAAAAAUUAGUUCUUCUUUUCCCCAACUAAGAGAAACAAUAACGUUUUAGGCUUUUAGCUCACACAUACUAGCAGACUAAGUCCUCACCAGCACCACCUUUAGGUGCUGAGCAUGGCGGAUGUUAAUUUUGGGAGAGAAAUUAUGGAGGUCGAUUCUUCUUCUGAGGGCUCCUUUGAUUCUGGCAGGCACUGUGAAUCAACAGCGACUCAGGAAGAUGGUGGAUGGACCGAUUAACAGUAGUCCACAUAUGGAGAUAAUUCCAAGUGUUGGUAGUCCACAACUAGAUGUGGAGCCAGGAGUUGAUAGUCCGCAACUAGUAGAGACGACAUCAAUAACUGAAACAGAUUCCCAACUGAUAACUGUUGAUUUGACACCUUUUUUUGUCACAGAUCAGGUGUUUGACUCACGCGAAGCCACUAUAGAGUGGUGUCAAGAGGUCGGGAAGAAGAAAAACACGGUACUUGUGAUCUCACACUCGAAGAAAACACUAAAAGGAAAGGGGUCAAGAAUUACACUUGGAUGUGAAAGAAGUGGUUGGUAUACGGACCAUAAGAAAAAGAGUUUACAACCCAAACCUCCUGAGCCAAGGAAAAGAAAGAGCAGAACUAGAAAAUGUGGUUGUCCUUUUCAAUUGAAAUGCGAUUGGGUAGAAGGAAAUAAGUGGACUCUUCGUGUAGUGUGUGGACGUCAUAAUCACGAGUUAUCAGACACACUGACUGGGCAUGCAUAUGCUGGUAGGUUGAAAGAGGAAGAGAAGCAAUUAGUACUUCAUUUGACAGCAACUGGUGUUCCACCACAACAGGUACUUAUAGCACUUAAAGAGAAGAGCAAAGAAAAUUAUUCAACUUUGAAAACAAUAUACAAUGUAAAGUCCAAACAUCGGAAGAGUCAGGUUGAAGGUAAGUCUGCAAUGCAACAAGUGAUGGAGUUAUUGGCUCAAUACCAUUAUGUAGAAAAGCAUAGAAGUAAUGAAGAAACAAACGAGGUAAGAGAUAUAUUCUGGGCUCAUCCAGAAACGAUGUUAUUGGCCAAAUGUUUCCCAUCGGUUUUAAUGGUCGAUUCCACAUGCAAGACUAAUAGAUUUAAGAUGCCGCUCAUUCAUAUUGUAGGCAUUUCGUCAACAGGGAAACUCUUCACAGUUGCAUUUGCCUUUAUGGAGGCGGAGACAGAACAACAUUAUAUUUGGGCUUUAACGCAGUUGAAAUGGAUGUAUAUGCCAAAUACAUUGCCAUCCUUAUUUGUCACAGAUAGAGAGAGUGCAUUGGUAAAUGCAAUUGAUAUUGUAUUUCCGAGAUCAAGUAGGCUGCUUUGCACGUGGCACUUAAAUCAGCAGGUGCAGACCAACUGUGAGAAGGCUUUUGAAGAUAAUGAAGAGUGGGAACAGUUUCACACUGAUUGGAAUCAUGUUUGGAAAGCUGAGACGAUGGAUGAAUAUGGCGAUGCUUAUGCUGAUUUUGCAACAAAAUGGGCACCAAAAUACCCAUCAUGCAUCGUAUACUUGCGUGAUACAUGGCUGAUACAGAAAGAAAAAUUUGCUUUGGCGUGGACAAAUAAGAUCAAACACUUCGGCAACACUACGACAAAGGCUGACAAAGAGCAUGAAAACCUUAGGAAGUAUCUAGUUUCUGCUGUAGACAGUUAUAGUAGUUGUUGGAAAGCAAUGCACAACAUGAUAAAAGAUGAAAUUGCUCAAAUUAAAUUAUCUUUCGAGCUAAGUCUGACCACAUUGAAUCAAGAACAUUUGUCACCUGCUUUGGAGGAGUUGAGGAACCAUGUAUCUCAUAAGGCUUUGGAGCUUGUAUUGUUUGAAGUUCAUCGUGCAGACAAUCUUGGCAACGAAGAGUCCUCGUGCAGCUGUUUCCUCCACUCUACACACGGACUUCCUUGUGCACAUGAAUUGGUAAAAUAUGUUCCUCAGGGUAAGGCUAUCCCUCUGUUGAACAUUGACUCACACUGGAAGCAACUUUCAAUUGUUCCGACACAAGAGCUAUAUAAUGGAUUUGAUGUCCUACCGGAAUUUCAAUUGUUGAGACAGAGAUGGAUAGAAGCAGUGGAACCCAGACGUUCCUUGCUGUUACGAAAGAUAAAGGACAUUGCAACAUUCAAACCCCGGAAUUAAGCUUUUCAGACAAGUUGUUUCUUUGAGCAUGAAAUGCUUGAAUGUCAUAAUAUCAGUCAAUGUACUCUCGAGAUUAGGCUGUCUUACUGGCUUCUUCUAGUUUCUUCUUCUAUUAGCUUUUACCUUAGUUCAACUUAUAAAAUUAUUUCCAAUCAUAAUUUCCCAAGAUUACAUCAUGUGUUGCCCUUCUUCCAUAAAAAUGAUAUGCAUAUACUAUGAAAGCAAAAACUUACUGUUUGUUCAGGAUAGGUCAUAAACUGUGUUUUUGUUUUGUUUUAUUAUUUUGUCUUUUUUUGUUAAUUAAUAUUUAGUUUUUAUUUUCUAA